AUGCUCAAAUUCUUGACUCACAAGCUACGAACGCAUUCGUUGAAUGAGGAGAACGUUUCGGAGAAGGUGGAGGAGCGGGACUCCGGCACCGAGUCGGACGACGAAGCCGAGCGCGCUGACUCCGGUGAAUAUUGCGCCGACGUCAUAAUGAAGUGGAACGACGUCACCGAUAUCAGUACGAGCGGCGAGGCGUGCGCGUGCGCCCCCGCCCCGCCCCGCCCUCUCGCUGCACCGGAGCCCGAUCAGCUGUACGAUCAUCACUCAUCCGAGGAAGAAUUAGAGGUAAUCAACGGAGGGCCAGCCGGCGUCGCGGCGGCGAAGGGCGAAGGGAGACGACGGGGCGCCUCCUCUCCGGCGCGGACGGCGCCCGAAAAACGGCGCUGGCCCGCGGAGCCCUACGACGAGCUACCGGCGCGCACCCAGUCGGACGACGACGACGACACAAAGGUGGAGACUCCCGUACGUUUCCGGACCUCCCCCCCGCUCGAGGCUCUGAAACCGCGACGGUCCGUGAGUGGCGCGGCCGACGCGUGCGGCUGCAGCCCGCGCGCCGCCGCCCGCCCGCCUUCGCCGCGACGGCGCCGGAUGCCCCCGCCGCCGCCGAGGAGGCACAGGCCCGCGCUCGACUUUGAUAAAAUGCAACAGUUGAAAGUGGGCGGCGGCGGAGUGCGGUCAUGGCGAGCGGUGGGCGGAGCGCACGGCGGAGAGCUCUCCGUCUUCUGCUGGUGA